AUGCCGACCAUGAACAGGACAGACCAGCAGCGCCGGCUCGAUGCCUCCGCAGACAAGGACGCAAGCCGGCCAGCCAGCCGAACAGCCGGCCAGCCGGCCAGCCAAUCGCCGCGUCGGCUGCCGCGGACAGACUCGAACGAGGCAACCCGACGUGGGGCCGACGCUGUGACGUCGGUUUGCGGCGAGACAGACGAGACAGCCCAACAGCCGCGUCCGGUCUCCGUCAUGCGGUCUCAUUUGUUCGCUCUCUCACCCUCGACUGGCGGUGUCGGCAUGUGUUUUCCGCUCCCGCCCACAUCCGGCCCGAAUCCACCGGCCAUUCCGACAGACAGUUCGAGCCCGACCUCGCCAGAGUGCAUCCCCGCCUCAUAA